CGUGUCUUCCAUCUUGCAAUGUGACUCCCUACCGGUUCUUAUAUCCAACCUACGUUAUUAUAAACACAUAUCCUCCACAUGAAUGACAAGAAAUGCGAGAAAUGAAUGGAAAGGCAAUGAAUGAGCAAGCCUUUCAUCAUAUUUCGCACCGGGUAUCGAUAUGAGGUAUACGACUUCAUUAUCAAGCUGAAUACACAAAUAUACAUUUCAUUUUAUAUCUACAUGCAUAGCAACUGUGGUGUUUUCAUGAAUACGAGUAUUUGGUCGAUAUUCUAGGCGCGGCAAUACAGACAUCGUAAUUAUCUGGGAAAGCAAGGAAAUAUACUUUUCGGUGAAAAAUGGGGUUUAUCGUCGACAAAGUUUCGGAAGAUUCGUUCUACGAAAACCUGCUCCUGGGUCUUCCAAAAUUAUUGGAAAAGUCUCCCUUCGUAUCAAACCUGAACCUGACUCGACUGAACGGUGUUCGACAAUCAGAUAUUCGCCAGUGGGAAAAUAAUAACAGCACGAUACUGUCCGAAGACCUUCGCUGUUUCUACUCAUCAACCAAUGGAUUUCUAUACACCUAUGAUUUCAGUUAUGAUUACAACGCUGACGAGGGUGCCAGGAUUAAGCACCAAGGCAGAAUUGAAAUAAAUCCUCUCAGUGAUCUGGUCAGGAUAUAUGGAUAUGAAACAAAAAACACGGCUAUGAUAGAACCUUUUGGAAACACAUAUAAAUUAAGCUUAUCAAGAGACAGUAAAGUGUUUGAUCUACAUAUAAUUGAUGAACACGCGAAAGUUGUAAUCGUAUAUUUAAACAAUUACUCAAACCCAACUGUAUGGCUCUACAGUUCAUCAAUGGCUUUCAGCUAUUUAGCAGAAGACUUUACAACCUACUUCAGAAUGUGCAUUGCACACCUGGGAAUCCCUUGCUGGCAGUAUAUUGUUACAAGAGAAGGACUAUCAGAUUGGGCAAGAGAAAUAUUCUUGCUUCUCGCUCCUGGAGUACUUUAUGAAGACAGAAAUUUGAUAGAGGUUAAUACCUACAACUUAGGAAACGUGACUAAUACGAUAGAUCCCAGUAUUUUUCUGACACAGCCCAGCUUGGCUGCUAAAGAAAAGCCUGUUAUACAGCCAGCAGCACAGCAACCUAAAGAAGCUAAAGACAAGAAAGGUAAAGCCGUCGGUAGAAGGCAUAUCAGCUUCAGAACCGGAAAAAGUUUUAUGGAAUCGAAAAAGUAAAAUACUCUUCACCCAUCAACAAUUUUAUUUUGAAAAAUUAGCUUUGCACUUCGGAAUAAGUGAUAAUUCUAAGAUGUGGUACACAGUUGUCAGCACUGAGAAAUCAAAAGUCCGAAUGGGUGUCAUACCAGAUAUCUGGGUGGAAUACAAAUAGUACUAUAAAAGUAUUGCAGUACAGCUUUAUUUAUAGCCUUCGUUCAAAGUAAU